AUGGCGGAGUUCAACAAGGAGGGCCAUGCCCUCGGCAAGCCCAAGAUGCGGCCUGGGGGUGCGGACAUGAGCGAGGACUGCAAGAAGGAAGACAGGCUUCUGACAAAACGGCAGCAGCGCCUAGAGAGCGACCUCAAGAACGUGAGGAACCAGUUUGAGCCCAAGCUCAUAACGGCUGCGGAUAUUGAUGCGGAGGAUCCCUUCAAAGCCACCUUCGAGGAGGCGCCCAAGUUCUUCAAACAGGGCACCAACGUGCUGAUCGCCAACCCAGAGAGGCCCGACUCAGAGCUGUUGGCGUGUCUCAAGGAGGAGGAAAAACGAUGGCAGCUCUGCGGGCAGAAGGAGCUGACGGAGGAGGGGAACGACUUCAGCUGCGACGAGAAGCGCUCGGAGGACUUUCACUGGCGGGAGGGGGACACGGUGAAGUUCCUCGGCACCUGCAUCGAGCCCAAGCCCCUCAAGAAGGCCAUCCGAUGUCUUGCUUUUAGGGUUCCCCCCCCCUCCCCCCCAACAGGGAUUUCGGUCUUCCUUUUGACUUGCCUUUGCACCAACCAGCAGAUUUUGGCACCCUCAAAGAAAGACAGACCCGUGUGGGGUGAGCCCUUUGGACUCGUUGAGAGGCCUUGA